AUGUACGUUCUUCCUGUUUCUCGUGCGACUGCAGUAUUGGAGCACCGGUGUGCUUACAUUCUCUUUUUAGACCGUCGAAUCCUUCUUGCCAUGUCCGCAUGCGACAUUAUCUCUACGAUAGGCUAUGCUCUACAACCCUUCUUGGCACUACAAGGCUACCCGAAUUCCUUUGUUUGGGCUUUUGGAAACAAACAGAGUUGUGCCGCAGUGGGAGCACUGACGCAAUUCGGAUUCUCAGCCCACUUUUAUUCAGCAGCUCUCGCGUUUUACUUUGUCUCGACUAUUCGAUACGGAAUGAGGGAGACGGAAUUUGCCAAAAAAUAUGAAAAAUGGAUUCAUGGCUUCAUUCUUCUCUGGUCAAUCGCGACGCCUAUUGCGGGGCUUGUAAUGGAUAUUUUCCAUCCAAACCCUCUUGGUCCUGGAUGUUGGGUCAACUGCUAUCCAAAUGGUGAAUGUACCGGCUUUACUGAAUAUGCGGUUACGCUAGCAUAUGCCCUGGGGGGACUACCUUUUCUCAUCAGUUUCUUGGGCAUCUCGGUCUGUAAUAUGCUUUUGUUCUGCUACGUGCGAUCUACCGUCCGAGAAGGGGAAAGAAAGGCUAAAGAAAACGAAUACAAGUUGGCUAGUUAUCGACAUGGAUCAGGGGUUGCGGGGACCCAAUCCUUAAGUCGAAUUGAUGAAAAGAGUAAUCAAAGAGCUUCGGGAAACGUCUUGCGAUCAACUGACAAACAGUGGAAACGAGUGAAAGAAGUGGGUCAACAAUCCUUCCUAUACGUCUGGGCCUACAUUUCGUGUUACUUUUGGGCCAUUCUGAAGCAAAUCCUCGACAGCCAAGAGUUCGAAAAGGUUGAGGGUUCCGGGGCCUAUUUUCUACCAAUGCUAAUUCUCCAGUCGCUGUUACUCCCAUCUCAAGGGGCUUGGAAUUGUUUGAUCUUCUUUCGACCAAAGUACCUCCAGACUCGCCGCAAGUUCCGUGAUGAGACGCGCCUCUGGGCAGCUCGACGGUGCAUCUUUGGCAAAGAAGUGCGACGCUCCGAACAAAACAAAAUGAGUCGAUUUAGCCAAGGGUCUUUGGCGCAAUCCCGAAUUGGUACUGCAGGCGAGCUGGCCUCACGUGCUGAGUCAACACACGUGCCUGUUCCAGAAAAUGCACAAGAACCGCCCCCCACAAAAACUGGCAUCAAUAUGGCAGGGGAGGUAUCCUCCCAUCCAUCAAGCGUUAUUUCAGAAAGUGCACCGGAGUCAAUACUCGAAACAGGAGAGUCGGGGUAA